ACUUACUGGUACCGUUACGCGUUCCAUUCAACCUUGUACGUUGUGCAUUUUUCGGAGUGAAAGUAAAAAUUAAUUCGGCUUAAUAUUAUUGGUUUCACGUAACAUAUAACGUUAUAAAGUUUUUUUUUUUUUUUUUAAUUUGGGUUGUCAUAAAACCACAAUGUGUGCCAGUGUACAGGGUGCGUGCGAUAUCCGUCGCGUUUUUUAAACAUUCGGAUCCGAAAUGCGCGAAAAUGGCCGUUUAUUUGCAUACUUUGACCUUUCUCGUUACCUUCUGCAGCUUUGGUGAAGGACAGAAGUACUUUCCAUCAGACCCCGAUAACUUCUAUGCCGAUCAACAGAAAACCCUAAAUCCUCAGUCCCUCUCGUUUCAACAAGGCAAUUCAUUUUUCCCCGGAGGCUACUUUUCGACGAAAGACUUAGAAACGUCAGAUUUACCGUCGCAUUUGCAACAAACUUUACCCCAGUACCAACAACAGUCUUUUCUACAAGAAGGACGGUUCCGACCGAGUGUCCCUGGUCCUUUUAAAUUAUCUGACGAGUACGUGAAACCGUCUACGUAUAAACCUCAUUACGCACCUUUGGUACACCAGCAGCAGGAUUAUUAUCCGAAGCCUAUUAAAGCCAAUAACAAUGCCCAAAGUAAUAAAUUAGAUUCGAGCAUAGUGCUUUCAAAUCAUCAUAAGAGUACUUGGGCAAAAGAUGGCCACACUAAUCAAGUGGAUACACAUUUUACUAAGAGAGAGAGUGCCGAGAAUGUUGAUAACCAAAGAAGAGGAAGGGACCAAGACUUUGAAGAAAAAAAUGACGAUAGCAAACUAGGAGAGUCCACUCAAAGUGAGGACAAUGACGUAGACGAAGAUUUAGAAGAAGAAUAUGAUGAGUACGAAGAUAAUCCCGAAGAGGAUUACGAGGAAGAAGAUGAGGAAGAGAACAACAACGAGACCUAUGAAGUUCUUACAAUGCGAACGACGAAAACGAGUAAAGACGACAAUUUCGAUGAGUUCGUUGACGUGGAUUCGCUGGAUACCACCACACAAGAACCGUCAACAUCGAACAGACUGGGCUCCCCUCCAGUAGCACCACCUCAGAAACAAUCAGAAGAUGAACAACAUUUUCCACAGCUAGUUGUAUCGGUGGUAACCAGUAAAACUAUCGUCAAUAACACCAUUAUCUCUCCCGAAAGAACCGUUGCUUCUACCACGGAGUCUACACAUGAAAACUCUACAGACUCUUGGAUCGUUAUAGCAUCAGUUCAGACCAGUAGAAGUAUUUCUGGAGCGCAUUUCAUUCCGUCCUCAGAAGUGAAUCAAAGUGUAGAGAAAAAGUUGCUGAAUGAAGUCAAUACUGAAAAACCUUUAGAAUAUGACGAUAAUAAUAACAGACUGACUACGCCAAUGAGUCCAGUGCAAAAAGUGAAGACAUCAACGGAGAGCCUCAUUGAUAAGUUGGACAGGGUCCAGUCUGAUUUGUCUAGUGGAUUACUCUCAGGUGGAUAUAAUAAUGAUAAUAUAGCCGUAAUCAAGGAAAGCCCUUCAACAAUAAUGGAAACCACCACGCCACAGACGGUCGUAUCCACGAAAAAAUAUCCGCAAGUUAAAAUUAAAUCUUUCGAUGCCUCUAACAGAUUGUCAAAUAGGGAGAAGAAUAAAACCAGUGGGGCCAAGAAAAAGGGAGUUACAUCCACAACUUCUAGACCCACCUUAAAGAGCAACUUAAAUAACAUUUUGGAAAAAUCGAAACCGGUGGACAUAAGUGCUUUUCUACCACCUGGAUAUAAACCACCUCCAAGCACUUCAGAACCUACACUGGAAAAAACAUCAAAUUCGAUUUUCUCGAAAGCAAAACCCAUUGAUGACAUAAGCGCUCUUCUACCGCCCGGAUACAAACCACUCAAAGAAGAAAACGCCGAAGGCAAGACUAAACUGGAUGAUAUUAGCGCACUAUUACCACCUGGAUACAAGCCACUCGUCAAAGAAGAAAAAGAUAUUGUGCCCAAAAUCAAGCCUAUUACAGAUAUAAGUUCUUUACUUCCCCCUGGAUAUAAGCUGCCUCAAACAGAUUCAUCCGCAUCAAAAGGAAAAAGUGAAAGUGAUAAUAGCUCCGAAAUUACCACUGGAAAGUCUGUUGGAGGUCUAUUAUCAAAAGCGAAACCCGUCGAAGAUAUUAGUGCUCUAUUGCCUCCUGGAUACAAAGGAUUUAGCAAACCAAAGGUUACAACCCAAUCGUCGGUACGUCUAGAGACUGUCAGCCAAAGUAUACCGGCAGGAUUGUUGCCUCCUGGAUACAAGCCGAGAGAAAGCAAUAAAAAUGCCGAUGAUACUGUUAGUCCAGUUUCGACUACAGCUAGUCCUGAGCUUAGUGAACCAUCAUCAUCAACAACCUCCAAAGCAGUGAAACUCAUAUUCCCAAGCAGACCUGGCGGUGGUGCCAGAAAGUCUUCACGUUUGACUACUGCUCGAGCAAACGAAGACAUGAUGAAUAAACCCACUGUACCUACCAUACAUAAAGGAUGGCCCUCGAGGGCCACUACCGAGUUCACUGGCUGGCCAACCCCUUCUACAACACCGAUCUCAAUCGAGAAGUUACUCGAGGCCGCCAGGGCUGCCGCAAGAAGCACUUCUACUGAAGCAGAGCAUAUCGAGACAACUUCGACAACUACUACCACUACGACAACUACCACCACUCCUAGACCUACAACUCCCGGUAUAUGCGAUGCGGACUGUGACUUAGAAGGAACGAUCAAACUGGUCGGUAGUAAAGCCCAAUGGGUACCGGAGCUGCUGGACCGUAAUACCAAAGAGUACCAGUUACUUGAGAAUAGCGUACGCACAGAGCUCGAGAAUAUUUAUAGCAGCUCACCUAUACUUAAGCAGUGGUACAAGAAAAUACGGAUUGAUGCAUUUAGUGAGGGAAGUAUCUUGGUAGACUACGUGGUCGAAUUUGACCAACUGCCACGAAAAAUAAACACCCAAGAGAUUAAGAGGUACUUCCACGAAACCUUGGGUAAUAUUUCGGUGCAAAACAGGGAAGGGAAGUCUUUGAACGAAACCAAGGCUGAAAAGUUCACUUUGGGACAGUUCCAGUUGGAUCCUAAAUAUACGGAGUUUAUAGUCAGACCCAAGUCCGGUUACUAUCCAGUCGACGGUGUAAAUAACGAAGACGUUUUGCUACCACAAUGGGCCAUCGCCGUUAUAGUGAUAGGGUUGGCAUCUUUGCUGUUUGUUAUUAUUUUUGGUGUCACCGUGCUUAUAAACAGACAUAGAAACUCCAAGAAAAAUCCCACUCCGUUGACUGAAGAUAUGUUAAAUGACUUGAACAAAAGCCAUAUGGGUGGAUACGAUAACUACAACAGUGACGACUUUUAUAAUAUGGACGAUGUCUGGAGUGACCCGCCGCAUUUCGAAGAGAAACCUUACAAAAAGAGACAUAACGGUGGGUCCCUUUACGAUAACAGCACGGCAAACCUAUACGGUAGCUGGGGAUCGCAGCAAUGGGACGGACAGCAAUGGAAUAACCACAAGAACAACUAUUACAAUGCUGCUAAUAGCCAUUAUAGCGGUCGGUCUGCCUAUGCCAGAGGGGAUACCGAUUUUUAGGAUUUUCCAGUAGGAUCAAUUAAGUUGAAGAGUGAAACCGAGGAUGUUUGUUAAUAAAGGUAGAAUGAGAAUAGUCUUUGACUAUUAGGGUGGUCGAGCUGAAGACAUAUUGACCCUUCAUCUUAUAGAGAGUUUAUAGAGAUUCGUCUUGUAAUUGUGUCAAACAUUAAUGUUUUAGGUUUUUUUUUUACUUUUUAUACCUAAAGAUAACCGUGCUAUGUAAGUUGUAAAAAUGUAUAAAGUUUUAUGUAUUGUAAGGAAUUUUAAUAUAAAUUUUACUUUUUAUUA